AUGCCUGUCUAUUCUGGAAUCUCUCUGGGCCCUCCAGUCUCUCUCCUUCUCUGCCUGCCUGCCUCUACAUUUCCUUUGCAGAUGAUUUCUAACCUGCUCCUUCACCUGUCUGCUCUGAGAUUUCUCUGGGCCUUGCUCAGCUUUAUGCCUGUCUAUUCUGGAAUACUCCUCCAGUCUCUCUUCUGCCUGCCUCUACAUUUCCUCGUCGCAGAUGAUUUCUUAACCUGCUCCUUCUACCUGUCUCUUUAUGCCUGUCUAUUCUGGAAAUACUUGCUCAACUUUAUGCCUGUCUCUCCUCCAGUCUCUCUUCUCUGCCUGCCUCUACAUUUCCUCGUCGCAGAUGAUUUCUUAACCUGCUCCUUCUACCUGUCUGCUCUGAGAUUCUCUCUGGGCCUUGCUCAGCUUUAUGCCUCUUUAUGCCUGUCUAUUCUGGAAUACUCUCCUCCAGUCUCUCUUCUCUGCCUGCCUCUACAUUUCCUCUUCGCAGAUGAUUUCGUAACUCGCUCCUUCUACCUGUCUGCUCUGAGAUUCUCUCUGGGCCUUGCUCAGCUUUAUGCCUAUUCUCUCUGGGCCUUGCUCAGCUUUAUGCCUGUCUAUUCUGGAAUACUCUCCUCCAGUCUCUCUUCUCUGCCUGCUCUACAUUUCCUCGUCGAUGAUUUCUUGCUCCUUCUAUUUGAUAUUCUAUUCUGGGCCUUCUGCCUGCUCCCUUCUGUGCUCUGUUGCUCUGAGAUCUCUUCUCUGGGCCUUGCUCAUUUCCUCGUCGCAGAUGAUUUCUUAUGCCUGUCUAUUCUGGAAUCUCUCUCCUCCAGUCUCUUCUCUCUGCCUGCCUUACAUUUCCUCGUCGCAGAUGAUUUCUUAACCUGCUCCUUCUACCUGUCUGCUCUGAAGGAGAUUCUCUCUGGGCCUUGCUCUUUUAUGCCCUGUCUAUUCUGGAAUACUCUCCUCCAGUCUCUCUUUCUGCCUGCCUCUAGCAUUUCCCUCGUCGCAGAUGAUUUCUUAACCUUCCCUUCUACCUAUUCUCUGGGCCUUGCUCAGCUUUAUGCCUGUCUAUUCUGGAAUACUCUCCUCCAGUCUCUCUUUCUCUGCCUGCCUCUACAUUUCCUCGUCGCAGAUGAUUUCUUGGGCCCUGCUCCUUCUACCUGUCUGCUCUUGAGAUUCUCUCUGGGCCUUGCUCAGCUUUAUGCCUAUUCUCUCUGGGCCUUGCUCAGCUCUUUAUGCCUGUCUAUUCCUGGAAUACUCUCCUCCAGUCUCUCUUGGGCCUCUCAACCUCCUAUUUCCUUUCAGAUGAUUUCUAACCCGCUCCUUCUACCUGUCUGCUCAGAUGAUUUCUUAGAUUCUCUCUGGGCCUUGCUCAGCUUUAUGCCUGUCUAUUCUGGAAUACUCUCCUCCAGUCUCUCUUCUCUGCCUGCCUCUACAUUUCCUCAUUCUCUGGAAGAUUCUCCUUGCUCUCAGCUUUAUGCCUGUCUAUUCUGGAAUACUCCUCCAGUCUCUCUUCUCUGCCUGCCUCUACAUUUCCUCUUCGCAGAUGAUUUCGUCACUUCCCUCCUUCUACCUGUCUGCUCUGAGAUUCUCUCUGGGCCUUGCUCAGCUCCUCCAGUUUAUGCCUGUCUCUUCUGGAAUUUCCUCCAGUCUCCUCUUCUAGAUACAUUUUCCUCGUCGCAGAUGAUUUCUUCCUUCCUUCUACCUGUCUGCUCUGAGAUUCUCUCUGGGCCUUGCUCAGCUUUUAUGCCUGUCUAUUCUGAAAUACUCUCCUCAGUCUCUCUUCUCUGCCUGCCUCUACAUUUCCUCUUCGCAGAUGAUUUCUUAACCCCUCCCUUCUACCUGUCUGCUCUGAGAUUCUCUCUGGGCCUUGCUCUUUAUGCCUAUUUCUCUGGGCCUUGCUCAACUUUAUGCCCGUCUAUUCUGAAAUACUCUCCUCUGGUCUCUCUUCUCUGCCUGCCUCUCUACAUUUCCUCGUCGCAGAUGAUUUCGUCACCACUCCCCUUCUACCUGUCUGCUCUGAGAUUCUCUCUGGGCCUUGCUGCUUUAUGCCUGUCUAUUCUAGUCUCUCUUCUCUGCCACCAUUUUCUCUUCAUAGAUAAUUUCGCCUGUCUGCUCACAUUUCUCUCUGGGCCUUGCUCGCAGAUGAUUUCUGCCUGCCUCUACAUUUCCUCGUUGAUUUCGUCACCGCUCCUUCUACCUGUCUGCUCUGAGAUUCUCUCUGGGCCUUGCUCAGCUUUAUGCCUGUCUAUUCUGAAAUACUCUCCUCCAGUCUCUCUUCUCUGCCUGCCUCUACAUUUCCUCUUCGCAGAUGAUUUCGUCACCCGCUCCUUCUACCUGUCUGCUCUGAGAUUCUCUCUGGGCCUUGCUCAGCUUUAUGCCUUCUCUCUUCUCUGCCUGCCUCUACAUUUCCUCUUCGCAGAUGAUUUCUUAACCCGCUCCUUCUACCUGUCUGCUCUGAGAUUCUCUCUGGGCCUUGCUCAGCUUUAUGCCUAUUCUCUCUGGGCCUUGCUCAGCUUUAUGCCUGUCUAUUCUGAAAUACUCUCCUCCAGUCUCUCUUCUCUGCCUGCCUCUACAUUUCCCUCUUCGCAGAUGAUUUCGUCACUCGCUCCUUCUACCCCUGUCUGCUCUGAGAUUUCUCUGGGCCCUUGCUCUUGCUUUAUGCCUGUCUAUUCUGAAAUACUCUCCUCCAGUCUCUCUUCUCUGCCUCUACAUUUCCUCUCGCAGAUGCCUGCCUCCCUUCUACCUGUCUGCUCUGAGAUUUCUCUGGGCCUUGCUCAGCUUUAUGCCUGUCUAUUUGAAAUACUCUCCUCCAGUCUCUCUUCUCUGCCUCUACAUUUCUCUUUCGCAGAUGAUUUCGUCACCCCUCCUUCUACCUUCUCUCUUCUCUGCCUGCCUCUACAUUUCCUCUUCGCAGAUGAUUUCUUAACCCGCUCCUUCUACCUGUCUGCUCUGAGAUUCUCUCUGGGCCUUGCUCAGCUUUAUGCCUGUCUAUUCUGGAAUACUCUCCUCCAGUCUCUCUUCUCUGCCUGCCUCUACAUUUCCUCGUCGCAGAUGAUUUCGUAA